AUGAAUUGCGGGGCUAUCCGAUGCAAAAGAGGUCUAUUAUUAUUAUUAUUAUUAUUAUUAUUAUUAUUAUUAUUAUUAUUAUUAUUAUUAUUAUUAUUAUUAUUAUUAUUAUUAUUAUUAUUAUUAUUAUUAUUAUUAUUAUUAUUAUUAUUAUUACUAUUAUUAUUAUUAUUAUUAUUAUUAUUAUUAUUGUUAUUAUUAUUACUAUUAUUAUUAUUAUUAUUAUUAUUAUUAUUAUUAUUAUUAUUAUUGUUAUUAUUAUUAUUAUUACUAUUAUUAUUAUUAUUAUUAUUAUUAUUAUUAUUAUUAUUAUUAUUACUAUUACUAUUAUUAUUAAUACUAUUAUUACUAUUAUUAUUAUUAUUAUUAUUAUUAUUAUUAUUAUUAUUAUUAUUACUAUUAUUAUUAAUACUAUUAUUACUAUUAUUAUUAUUAUUAUUACUAUUAUUAUUAUUAUUAUUAUUAUUAUUAUUAUUACUAUUAUUAUUAAUACUAUUAUUACUAUUAUUAUUAUUAUUAUUAUUAUUAUUAUUAUUAUUAUUAUUAUUAUUAUUAUUAUUAUUAUUAUUAUUAUUAUUAUUAUUAUUAUUAUUAUUAUUAUUAUUAUUAUUAUUAUUAUUAUUAUUAUUAUUAUUAUUAUUAUUAUUAUUAUUAUUAUUAUUAUUAUUAAUGGAAGAAUUACUGAGGCCCGCUCGACCAGUUCGAAGAUCAACGGGAGUCAAGGUGAUCAAGGUGAUUAUUAUUAUUAAUUAG